CGACAGCGAGACGCGUCUGAGAUCCAAAUGGCGUGAGCACAGCGGACCGAAAGCAAAGUUGCACGGGACCUUAAAGACGUACAGGAAACGAGUCGAAGAAGAUGGACUGUGCAGAGGAUGAGUUCUCUCUUAAUGGAGAAUGUCAUAAGUGUCUGCAAUGCCCACCAGGCCAAGAGCUCAAAGAGGACUGCGGAUAUGGGCUGGGUGUGUCUGCUACUUGCGGAGUGUGUGAGCUGCAUUGGUUCAAGGCAGCCUGGGGCUCUCACCUCUGCAGGAUGUGCCAGAACUGCAGACGCCUCAACAGACAGAAAGUGAUGUCAUGUACACAGACACACAAUGCAGUGUGUGGAGACUGUUUACCUGGGUUCUACAGUAAAAGGCGAUUGGACGGACUGCAGGAUUUGGAAUGUCUGCCAUGUGGGCCCGCCCACUUCAGAAGUGUGCAGUGUAGAAGUGUUGGGAGGGAGGACAUGAUAGAACAGGUCUGGAGCUCAGAGGCUCCGCCUCCCAGUUCUACUGUCAUGAUGACCACUUGUGUGGCAGCCGUUACCAUGGUGAUCUUUUUGUUUGCCAUUGUGGUAUUAAUGUACCAAGGAUUUGGCUCACUCAAGAAACUGCUCAGAGGUUGCCUGUCACCACCCAGUUCCAGUCACAGUGACCCUGCGGUUGCUGCCUCCAUCUCUGUUGCUGUGACAACGGAGCACACAGUGACCCAGGAAGGAGGAGUGGCUUCAGAGGCCCUGAGCAUCAGGGGGCGCCACUGUGCGGGGGUGCAGGAGGAAGGCUGGGGCCGUCACGGCCCGGUGGAGUGCACGGAACUAGACUGCCUAAACUUGGCAGCAGACGUCUGAAGUCUCAGCUAAAGGAAAAUGGCUUUGUGUCUUUACAAGACCACACACAGAACCUGAGGAGCCACUUACAGUACAGCUGCAGAACUGGAACCUCUCCAUAUCAGAAAAACACGGAACUACAGAACUGGAACCUCUCCAUAUCAGAAAAACACGGAACUACAGAACUGGAAGCUCUCCAUAUCAGGAAAACACGGAACUACAGAACUAGAAGCUCUCCAUAUCAGGAAAACACGGAACUACAGAACUGGAACCUCUCCA